UUUUGUAAACAUUGCGAUGGUUACGUGUUACGGAGUAAUGCUCGUUGCGCGUUACCUAUGUGUGUUACGUGGAUGGCAUGGAACGUGGCGCUAUGGUAGACAAUCGUAGACUUGAUUGAUAGAAAGUACGCGGCAAUAAAAUAUUUUUAAGGCAGGUGACCGUCCAGGAUGCAGCUGCUGUGCGCGGUGCAGCAGUACCACUGGGGGAAGCUGGGCAGCGCCAGCCUGGUGGCGCGGCUGGGGCGCGCCAACGACCCCCGGCUGGCGGUGCGCGAGGAGAGCCCCUACGCGGAGCUGUGGAUGGGCACGCACCCCAGCGGCCCGGCCGUGGUGCGCGCGACGGGCGAGGCCCUGGGCGGCUGGCUGCGCCGGAACCCGUGCAGCCUGGGGGCGCGCGUGCUGGAGCAGUUCGGGCAGGACCUGCCCUUCCUGUUCAAGGUGCUGUCCGUGCGGCAGGCUCUCUCCGUGCAGGCCCACCCCGCCAAGGGACAUGCAGAGGAGCUCCACCGUCUUCGACCUGACUUGUACAAAGACCCGAACCACAAGCCCGAACUGGCCGUGGCUCUCACCCCGUUUCAAGCGAUGUGUGACUUCCGCCCGGCCAAGGAGAUCAGGAGCUUCCUGCAAAAUAUCGCAGAACUGAGAGAAGUUGUUGGUGAGGACGCAGCGUCCAGAUUCGUGACGUGUGAUGAAGCAGGUCAGCAGGAGGCUCUGAAGGCUUGUUUCUCUGCUUUAAUGAUGGCAAGCAGCGAUUGUGUAGCCUCUCAGCUCACUUGUCUGAUCAAGCGGGUUUCUACACUUGGUGAAGCUGAUCGCAACUUUGUUCUGGCACCUUUGCUGGAAGAGCUGGAGUCCCAGUUCCCAGGAGAUGUCGGCUGCUUCGUCAUCUACUUCCUGAAUGUGAUGACGCUGCAGCCGGGUGAAGCGUUGUUCCUGGCCCCCAACGAGCCGCAUGCCUACCUGUCUGGAGAUUGCGUGGAGUGCAUGGCAUGCAGCGACAACGUGGUACGAGCGGGGCUGACGCCCAAGCACAAAGACAUUAAAACUCUCUGUGAGAUGCUGACUUACAAUUGCCAGCCAGCAGCAGAUAAGUUGUUCGUACCCAGUCGUGAAGACGACUGCACGCAAGUUUUCCUUCCUCCGGUUUCAGACUUUGCGGUGGCCCACAUAAAUGUUACUCUGCCCAAGAAGCGGUACGCUCUGCGACAGAGGUCGACAGCCUCCAUACUCCUGGUGGUGGAAGGGAGUGCUUCGACGAGUGACCCUGAGCUGCUCCUGAGCCCCGGCUCGGUCGUCUUCCUCCCUGCUUGCGCGGAGCUGUCGGUGCAUCCGACCGGCGACGUCGCUCUCGACAUAUACCAGGCCUUCGCCAAUGUCUAGGCACUUCAGCGGCUGUUCGGAAACAUCUCCUCCAUAAUCAAUUGUUUCUUCUGCAAACCCCUCUUUUUUGUGAGUUUGAAUUUAUGCACAUGCACUGUAAAAAUUAUUAUUUUUUUUAUGAAAUAUGUUAAAAUUAAUUGGUUUGUUGCUGUUGUAGUAGUAUUGUUUUCAGUUCUGUCCACCUUUGAAGUUUUUUUUAUAGUGUUGUGCUGGAGCAGUACAGAUUUGUAGUGUUGGUCAAGUGCCAGAAUAACUUGACACCCAGAUCUUUUUCCUUUUUUUAAUAAAAGGAGAUGUGCGAUAGAAUAGGCCAGUAGUGGUAUUUAAGACCAACAACACAUUAAAACAACAUCCAAUUAAUAUUUUUUUGCAUUACUGGUACUAGUGAUCGUGGAAUGAGAUAGGAAUUUGAGAGGAAGAAAUCUUUAAAUCUCUUGAAGUUACUCUUAAUUGCAUGUGUCCUCAAACCAGCUCAAAUGAUACCUUGAUGACGUGUGUAACUUUGAUGUUAUUUUCAUCAGACUUCAAACAAGGUGAUAAAGCAUUAGAUACUGAGAAAGCCCAAUCAUCCAUGUACAUAUUGUUAUGUAAACCACAAUAGGGAAUGCAGUUAAUACAAAGAUUUUCAUGCCUAUCUCAGUUUAUUGAAACUUACAUUUUCUGUUGUCAAAAGUGAAUUCUGUGUGUGAAAACUGAAAGAUUGUGUUCCUAUUUUACUAACCAUAUAAAAGAAUAAUUGUGAAAUACAUGUGUGUUUACAUUGAUAAUAAAGAACUAUAAUUUUUAUAGAUCGCUGUGUUGUAUUU